AACAUUUAUAGGGAUUAAAACAACCAAUGCAAUACUUUACCCUCCAAGUAAUAGAGCUGAUUUACUCAAAAAGGAAAACAAUGGAGGGAAUUCAAAACGCCACAAAUCCUCCGUACUCCCUAAUGCACGCAAAUACCCCUGUCCAUAUGUCACCAUCAAAGACCUCUGUCCCAUGGUUAAUCGACGCCGGUUGAGCUUUUGUGCACCAGGCGCCAAAACUCAUCCAGCCGUCCACGUGUCGCCAUCUGCCAAACCACAGCGAGUCACUCCGUUACCCCGCCUCUCUAUUCAUCGUCCAACCCCACGUCCCCACCACCUGGCUCCAAGAAAAUACAGUCAAGAAGAAUUUGCAGGCCAAGCACAAGUUCCUCAUGGUGGAAUGUUGUGAUACCUGUGGUGAUAUUGGGAUUAAAGAAACAAUCAUUACUUGUGCUAAGUGCAAAGUUAGCCAAGAACAUAUCUAUUGCACCCGAGAGUUUUGCGAGGGCCCCACAGACGACUGGCAAUGUGAGGAAUGCAGCCACAGGAACGAGGACAUGUUAUUGUUUAGGAAAACUCUGAGUAGUUCUGAGGCACCAAAGCUGAUAACCAAGAACUCGCGGUCCAAAAAGCUGCAACAAGGUCGUGUUAACUGGGAAAAGAAAGUUCUCAAGGGGAGAACAAAGUAUCUUUCUGUUGAAGAAGUGCUAAAGUUACCGGAACAACAAACUGUUGUUUCCAGUGUAAAAGAAUCUCUUCACUUAACUCCACUAUCACAUAGGAAACGCAAACCAACCCCACUAUCACCUAAGAAACAAAAACCAACUCCUAUGUCACCUAAGAAACCCAUUCCCACUCCAUUGCCAAGGAAAGCUGUCAAUCCCAGGGAUACACUGGCUCCUAAUUGUCAGCCACCAAAGAAGAUUCAUAAGGUGCCAAAAGGUCCAGAUGUCAAGAAAUGUUCGAAUGACCCACUCAUUCAUCCCUCCUGGAAAGGGAGCUUCAGCAUUUGUGACAAUCUAAACUUUCAUGGAUUCCAAGCUCAUCACUCAUCAAAAGCAUGCCAAAAGGUUGUUGAGUUUACGAAGCUGUUGCCCGACAUUCUUGAUUUCAAAGUAGUUCCAAGAGGGAGUGUUUGGGCCAAGUUAUUCCAUGACCACUGCCCUACGAAAGACGAUGUAGGACUCUAUGUAUUUCCCACUGACAUGGAAAGGUCCAAAGAAUAUAUGACCCUUUUAGAGUUGAUACGAGGCAAAGACGUGGUGAUGAUCAAGCAGAUUGGAAAUGUAGAAAUGCUCGUCUUUGCAUCCACGGUUCUGCAACUAGACUGUCAGAAGGUGAGAGGGAGACACUUCCUCUGGGCAUUGUUUCACCCUGUGGGCAAAAUGGGCAAACCAAACUAUCUAAAAUAUGCCGACAAAGAGGCAGGCAAUAUUUGCAUCCAUGAAACGGACAAAUCAGAUUCACAGCUUGAAAUGACAGAAAGGGAAGGAGCAAUAGUAGAAGUGUAUGACAAUGUGGAGGCUGUUGACAUGGAGAUAGACAUGAUGGGAGGGCAAAACUUGGGCAAUGCAGAUGUGGUGGUUCCCCAUAGCCACUCUAGAGACAAUCAUCAUUCCCUUUUGGCCCUCCCCAACAUUGAAAGGAAAGUGUUUCCAGAAGUUCUUCCGGGUUCCAAACCAAAGUGUGGUGGUCCUCCCACUUCCAAGACGGCCCUACUCCCUGUCAAAGUAGAGCCGUGCGAGGACGUGCCCCCUGGUUUUAAGCCGCGAAGGGUACCCCUACCAACUGGAGUGCACUUUGUCUCUGAGAGGGAAUAGGGAUUGAUGGUUAGAAGAUGAGUUGACAUUUUACAUGGUAAGAUAGGCAAAAGCUUGUGUCUAUAACAUCCUUUUAUAUGUAGCUUUGAUACUUCAGAAGUAGCUUUAACACGCAUGCCUCCUAAUUAAGUUCACAUUUCCAUGUUAGGUAAAAUUGAGAACUAAGUUUGGUCUUCACUUUUGAACAUAGGAAGUGUAUAUUACAAAGUAAGUGCUUUAUUUUGAAUGAAUGUGGACAAGCAUU